CUGUAUAUGCAGGAGUAAUUUGUGUUUUUGAAAAGGUCGGGGGGGAAGUGAGGGAGAAGAGGAGAGUCAGACAGGUAAACGAAGGCGGUUCACGUCAGGCAACGGUCGGGGCGCACCUGCGCCUCGUUAGGAAGACCAUAUUUUCGCGGGAUGCUCAGCCGUGAAGCCCACACUGAGGACGACGCCCGUGCUUUAUAGUGCAGCAUAACUCCAAUUUGGCUGCCGCAUUUCUGUCAGACCAGCACCACAGAGGUUUGGCUGAGGCUCUUGUGAGCUCAGUUUCCCUCUCUCUCACUCUCUCUCUCGCUCUCUCCUUCUCUCUCUCUCUCUCUCUCUCUCUCCCUCUGUCUCUGUCUCUCCUCUUCCUCUGGAGACCUGGGUCGCUGCUCUCUCUCCUCAGCUGCUCCGCCGUCCGUUGCCGUCUGAGGGUGCGUGCCCUGCCAUCGUUCCCGCGGGAGACAGAAAGGUUUAACUAGGCAGAGGAAAGAUGAGUCCUCUCUUUGUGCCCCUCUUGGCCGUGCUGAUCGGCCAAGUCUCACCGUCUCACUACGAUUAUGACUAUUACCAAGGUCCCUCCAUGAUGUUGGGCCCGCCCGGGCCAAACUGCCCGGAGGAGUGUGAGUGCCCCGUCCUCUUCCCCAGCGCCAUGUACUGCAACAAGCGUAACCUCAAGUCCGUGCCCGUCGUCCCCAACGGGAUCAAGUACCUCUACCUUCAGGACAACAACCUCAAGGAGAUCAAGGCCUCCGCGUUCGUCAACGCCACCGACCUCCGCUGGCUGAUCCUGGACAACAACCAGCUGACCAACGGCGCCGUGGAGAAGGGCAUCUUCGAGAAGCUGGGCUCGCUCGAGAAGCUGCACGUCAACUUCAACAACCUGACGGAGCCGCUGGGGCCGCUGGCCAAGACGAUGAACGAGCUGAAGAUCACGUGGAACAAGCUCUCCAAGUUCCCCUCGGGCACCCUGUCGGGGCUGGAGAACCUGACCAUGAUCGACCUCCACGGCAACGAGCUGACAUCGGACGGCAUCGCGGGGGCCUUCAAGGGCCUGAAGUCCCUGGUCUACCUGGACGUCAGCAAGAACAAGUUGGGGAAGUUGCCCAUGGGGCUGCCCAGCUCCAUCGAGAUGCUCUACGCCGACUACAACGAGAUCGGCAGCGUCCCCAAGGAGUUCGCCAACAAGCUCCCGCAGCUGCAGUACCUCCGCAUCGCCCACAACAAGCUGGCCGACGCCGGCAUUCCCCCCGGCGCCUUCAACGUGUCCACCCUCAUCGAGCUGGACCUCUCCUACAACAAGCUCCAGACCAUCCCCGAGGUCAACGAGAACCUGGAGAACCUCUACCUGCAGGUCAACAAGAUCAGCAAGUUUGACGUCGGGAGCUUCUGCAAGUACAUGACGGCGAUCAACUUCUCCAAGCUGAGGCACCUCAGGCUGGACGGGAACAACUUGACGCGCAGCAGCGUUCCCGACGAGGCGGCCAACUGCCUGCGCCUGGCAACCGACGUCAUGGUGGAGCCCACGGACUAGGCUCCCUUCGCCCCGCCAUCGCACCCCGAAAACACCAGUGGAGCCCAAGGACACUUUCUGUUUACACUCACCGCCCCCCUCCCUACCCCCCCCCCCCCGCCCCGCCCCGCCCCGCCCCUCUGCUGCUUACCCCCUUUCUCUUCUGCUAUAUUACGGAGAACAGGGAACACAUUUCUGUAGGUGUUACAGAUCUAGAGAAGAGAUUAUUUAACAAGAGUUAAUCAUGAAAUGAUGUAGCCUCCCUUGUCAAGAGUUGCAUUUAAUCAAACUCCCAUUUUUGAUCUCUUAGAAAGCAGCCUUUGGGUGGAUCCCCACAAUUUUGGGUGGUAUGUUACGUUUUUUUUUUGCCAUGCCAGGAACUUUUGAGACCUUCCCUGGUUCUCUUGUACAGUCAUUCAGUUGAUAAAACACGUAUGCAUGAAAUGGGCAGAUCUGUACAGAACAGCACAGUUGGGUACGUUCUUCUGUACACACUAUAGCAGGGUUGUGUAACAUUUAGGGUUAAGGUUUGGGGUUAGGAGAAGGCGCUCAAGAACGAUAAUACAAAUCACUUUCUUGAUGUGCCUUCACAUAGACUAUGAAGGUAAAUAUUCCCAAUUUAGAGGUAGAUAGUUUUUACUUUCAGCUGGGAAAUAUGAUUUGACACAUAUCUUAACUAUGCAAUAGCAGAGCAUCACAUAUCGCGUUUACUGAAGUCUCACUUUUACUGAUAUUUGUUCAUUUUGUUUUUUCUAGCUUUCUCUUAAAUAUUAUCUCAUGGUGUACAUCACUGACACGUGUUAUUGCUGUAUCUCAAACAAACCUUCAGGUAAGGAAAAGUGUAUUAUGAGGACAACUGGACUCUUUGUCCAAACUGGGACAUAACGCAGUCCACAGAUUAUGUAGUAUCUAAUGAGAAGUAAAUAUCAUCUUGAAUUGAUUUCAGGCAGAUAUUCUGGAUAGAAAGAUCUCACAGCUCUGAAAAAAACAUAUACUUUGUGUGCCUGAACACAGUCAUUAUAAUCAGCAUAACAGUGAACAUGAUAAAUUAAUGUUGUAAAAUUAAUGUGAAUGUUUGUCUCUUUGUAUCCUUUGUCAGAUAUUCCAAGAAAGAGAAAAAACGUAAAACAAAACAUGGAGUGAAAUUUACCGAAUGAAAUGAUUGAGAUAUGAAUUCCUCUAUGUUUGUUGAUGUUUUUCUGCUAAACUAAAGCCAGCCACUUUCUAUCUAGAUAAGCAGCAUUGCGAACAUCAGCUAAUACAUUCUGUAAACACAUAUGCAUUUCCUUGGCCUGCAUGCAUUGCAUGGUAUAUCUGUAUGCUAAUAAAACGUAGCAUUUUAA